AUGACCUCCCUCAGGCCCGGGAGGGCCGCCGACUCAUUAUCCAGAUGCACCGUCCGGCCGGCGCAAUGCCUGCGGACGAGGCUUGCGUCAUUCCCACUAACACAGCGUCGACAUAAGUCCGGUCCCUACGGCUACACACAAGCCAAGUCGCUCGUCUUCAGCAAGUUCGGCGAGCCGAGCGACGUCCUGAGAUUGCACACCCACUCCAUCUCGCCCUCACUGCCCUCCUCGUCUCUGCUCCUCCGCGCCCUCGCCGCCCCAAUCAACCCGGCCGAUGUCAACACGAUCCAGGGGACCUAUGGCGUCAAGCCGUCCUUCAGCCCGCUGAUCGGCACCACGGAGCCGUCAGUCAUCCCCGGCAACGAGGGCGUCUUCGAGGUGGUCUCGGGCAGCUCGGCGACCGCGUCCAAGGGCGACUGGGUCAUCCCGGCCAAGACGGGCUUCGGCACCUGGCGCACGCACGCCGUGGCCCCCGCCGACGCCGUGCUGCGCGUCGAGCGCGACGGCCUCACCCCGGUCCAGGCGGGGACCGUCGCCGUCAACCCGUGCUCGGCCUACCGCAUGCUGCGCGACUACGCCGACCCGCCGCUGCGCGAGGGCGACUGGUUCGUGCAGAACGGCGCCAACUCCGGCGUCGGCCGCGCCGCCAUCCAGCUGGCCCGCCUGUGGGGGUACCGCAGCAUCAACGUGGUGCGGGCGCGCGACAGCGAGGCCGCCACCGAGGCCCUGAAGCAGGAGCUGCGCGGGCUCGGCGCCGACCAUGUCGUCACCGAGGACGAGUUCCAGAGCCGCGAGUUCCGCGACCAGGUCAAGGAGUGGACGCGCGGCGGGCGCGAGGGCAUCCGGCUCGGGCUCAACUGCGUCGGCGGGCGCUCGGCCCAGACCAUGGCCAAGCUGCUGGGCGCCGACGCCAGCCUGGUCACGUACGGCGGCAUGUCGCGGCAGCCCGUGGCGCUGCCGACCGGCCUGCUCAUCUUCAAGAACAUCAAGUUCGUCGGGUUCUGGCUGAGCCGCUGGGCCGACGGCGACUCGGCCGCCAAGGCGCAGACCGUCAACGAGAUCCUGGGCCUCGUGCGCGACGGCAAGUUCAAGGACACCCCCGUCGUCGACGUCCCCUGGGGCUGGGACACGGAGGAGAGCGUGCUGCGGGAGGCGGUUCAGGGCACGCUGGAGGGCUUCAGGAAGGGCAAGGGUGUCUUCGUGUUUGGCGAAACUUGA